UGGUGAACAUUUUGUAGGUUUUGGUGGCUGUAACCCAGAACCCAGCGUUGGUGAAUCCUGGAGGGAUGAUUAGCUAAGCCAAACAGGGUGCCAGAAUUUUUCAGCCUCAUGCUUAAUCGGGUAACUUCAGUCGAGCAUCGCCGUGACGGCAAAAGUUCAUUCCAUCACAAAACUAAAUCGCGUCGGCGGCUCAGCAGCACGCAAAACCAUCGAAAAAGCAUGCGCGUAUCUCCAUGAUAAAUGGAAUGACAUUUGCACUGGCAAAGUAACAUCUAGCACAAUGUCGGACGCCGAUUUCGAGCAGAUCAAGAAGCUGCAGCAGGAGCGCAAUGCGGCUGUGGCUGCGAAGAAAGGAUCACGAACCUUUGAUCCGGCCAACCUGCGUACUGACACGUCAACCAAGGCCAAGCUGAUAGAUGCCUGGGACACCACGGUUUACGACCGCGACAAUGGCGAUAAGUUUGCUGGGUACCACACCACCCUACCGGAUGCAGGUGGUGACGAUGAUGUGGACAUGGCCGACGGCGACAACACCCGCCGCCUGGUCGGUCAGUACACAGCUACUCGAUCACAGAUUGAUGAGUUCUCCCGAGGCAGCGGGGUUGAGGAAGAGGACAUCUUGGCUGGCCGAGGCGAGCGGAGCAACAGGAUCACCGACAGAGAGACCGACUACCAGAAGCGCCGAUUCGACCGGGGAUUGGCUCCUACUCGCGCCGACCCUUUUGCCGCUUCCGAAUCUAAAGAUGGAGAGAAUUACCGGGAUAUAAUGGAACGGAGAGAGCUGGAGCGCGAGGAAGAGCGAAUCCGACACGCAAUCGAGCAAAAAAGCAAGGAGCAGGCUCUCAACGGCGAUGAGGUCGAACAUCAGCCCACUCUCAAGAUUGAGGCCGAUAGGGCAACUCCCGAAGCCCCAUCUGCUGAAGACGCCGGCGCUGGCCGAAAGCGGAAGAAGAGGUGGGAUGUGAGCUCAACGACGGCGGAAGAAGAAGCCACUCCCGCUCCCGAGGCCAAGAAGCGAUCAAGAUGGGACCAGGCUCCGACUGUCGCGGCUCCGGGAGCCGCAGAAGCACCCAAGAAGCGCUCGCGCUGGGACCAAGCCCCUGCUGCAACUCCCAUGGGAAACCAAGGCCUCGCCACACCAGCCCACCCAAGCCAGGGUGCCGCGAUGGCCCCCGCCUUCGGUACGGAUACGGGAGGCCGAUACACGGUCUUAAGUGAUGAGGAGCUCGACGCCAUGCUCCCCGGCCCCGACGACGGCUACAAGAUCCUUGACUUCCCUCCCGGAUAUGCUCCGGUGCGGGCACCGGCUCACAAGUUGAUGCAGACACCCGUACAGGCCACCGGAUUUACGAUGCAGGAUCCCGAGAGUGGAAGGAUCACCAGCCAGCAGAUGCCCAAGGAGAUUCCUGGUGUUGGCGAUCUUCAGUUUUUCAAGCCUGAAGACAUGGCAUACUUUGGCAAACUCACCGACGGCUCGGACGAAGAUAGCCUCUCCGUCGACGAGCUCAAGGAGAGGAAAAUCAUGAGAUUGCUGCUGAAAGUCAAGAACGGCACUCCUCCCAUGCGGAAGACGGCGCUCAGACAGCUUACCGACAAUGCGCGGAACUUUGGUGCUGGCCCGCUCUUCAACCAGAUUCUCCCGCUUCUCAUGGAAAAGACUCUCGAGGAUCAGGAGCGCCACUUGCUCGUCAAGGUCAUUGAUCGUAUCCUCUACAAACUCGAUGACAUGGUCCGCCCCUACGUUCACAAGAUCUUGGUCGUCAUAGAGCCAUUGCUUAUUGAUCAAGACUACUAUGCACGAGUCGAAGGUCGCGAGAUCAUCUCGAACCUCAGCAAGGCUGCCGGCCUCGCAACAAUGAUCAGCACCAUGAGACCGGAUAUUGACCACACAGACGAGUAUGUACGAAACACAACAGCCAGGGCCUUUGCGGUCGUCGCGUCUGCCCUUGGCAUCCCCGCCCUUCUGCCGUUCCUCCAAGCAGUCUGUCGAAGCAAGAAAUCGUGGCAGGCUCGCCACACGGGCGUUAAGAUCGUUCAGCAGAUUCCCAUCCUCAUGGGCUGCGCAGUCCUGCCGCAUCUGAAGCGCUUGGUGGAUUGCAUUGGACCCAACUUGAAUGACGAGCAGACCAAGGUUCGCACCGUUACUAGCUUGGCCAUUGCGGCUCUUGCUGAAGCCUCCAACCCCUACGGUAUCGAGAGCUUCGACGACAUCCUCAAUCCUCUGUGGACCGGCGCUCGCAAGCAGCGCGGAAAGAGUCUCGCAGGCUAUCUCAAAGCUGUUGGAUAUAUCAUUCCACUGAUGGACGAGGACUACGCCAACUACUACACCACCCAGAUCAUGGAGAUUCUUCUCCGGGAGUUCGCUUCUCCGGAUGAGGAGAUGAAGAAGGUCGUGUUGAAGGUCAUCUCCCAAUGUUCGGGCACGGACGGUGUUACUGCCGGUUAUCUUAAGCAAAACGUCCUCGACGACUUCUUCAAGAACUUCUGGGUCCGGCGGAUGGCUUUGGACAAGCGGAACUAUCGCCAGGUCGUCGAGACGACGGUUGACAUCGGUCAGAAGGUUGGCGUGAGUGAGAUCGUCGAGAGGAUUGUCGCAAAUCUCAAGGACGAGAGCGAGGCGUACCGCAAGAUGACGGUGGAAACGAUCGAGAAGAUUGUGGCCUCGCUGGGGGCGGCAGAUAUUGGCGAGCGGCUCGAAGAACGGCUCAUCGACGGCAUCCUACAUUCGUUCCAGGAGCAGAGCGUCGAAGACAUCAUCAUGCUCAAUGGGUUCGGCUCCGUCGUCAAUGCUCUCGGCACUCGUUGCAAGCCUUAUCUUCCCCAGAUCGUCAGCACCAUCCUCUGGCGCUUGAACAACAAGUCGCCCACGGUCCGACAACAAGCUGCGGAUCUCAUCUCGCGAAUUGCCAUGGUAAUGAAGCAAUGCGGUGAGGACGGGCUCAUGGGCAAGCUUGGUGUCGUCCUUUACGAAUAUCUCGGCGAGGAGUACCCCGAAGUCCUCGGCUCCAUUCUCGGUGCACUACGCUCCAUCGUGACGGUCGUCGGCAUCAGUCAGAUGCAGCCUCCGAUCCGAGAUCUCCUCCCCCGCCUCACACCCAUUCUCCGCAAUCGUCACGAGAAGGUUCAGGAGAACACCAUCGACCUCGUCGGCAGAAUCGCGGAUCGUGGCCCCGAGAGUGUCAACGCCCGGGAAUGGAUGCGUAUCUGUUUCGAGCUGCUCGACAUGCUCAAGGCUCACAAGAAGGGCAUUCGCCGCGCCGCCAACAAUACCUUUGGCUUCAUCGCCAAGGCCAUCGGCCCCCAGGAUGUGCUUGCGACACUCCUCAACAAUCUGCGGGUGCAGGAGCGUCAGUCUCGAGUCAACACUGCCGUCGCCAUCGGCAUUGUCGCCGAGACUUGCGCACCGUUCACAGUGCUGCCGGCGCUGAUGAACGAGUACCGUGUACCCGAGCUCAACGUCCAGAACGGCGUCCUCAAGUCCCUCAGUUUCCUGUUUGAGUACAUCGGCGAGAUGGCCAAGGACUACGUCUACGCGGUGACGCCUCUCCUGGAAGACGCCCUUAUCGACCGCGACCAGGUUCAUCGCCAAACGGCCGCGUCGGUAGUCAAGCACAUCGCCCUGGGCGUAGUCGGUCUCGGCUGCGAGGACGCCAUGAUCCAUCUCCUCAAUCUCAUCUACCCGAACCUCUUCGAGACCAGCCCCCACGUCAUCGACCGCAUCGUCGAGGCCGUCGAGGCCAUCCGCGUGGCCGUCGGCCCAGGCCUGGUGCUCAACUACGUCUGGGCGGGGCUAUUCCACCCCGCCAGGAAGGUCCGCACGCCCUACUGGCGGCUCUUCAACGAUGCGUACGUGCAGGCUGCCGAUGCCAUGGUGCCGUACUAUCCCAACCUGGAGGAGGACAUCAUUGACAGGGGCGAGUUGGCAAUCGUGCUUUAAGGGGCGCAUCGUGCGAGGGUAGGGUAAGGUUGUUGAAGUUGUCUUAUAAUCGUUCUUUCUCAGGCGGGCUAGAUGAAGAUCCCGCAAGACACCCUCAUAUCAUGUUGCGAUUGUUUUUAAUGGCCGGUCCGUGGGCGUUGCCCUCACAGCAGACCACGGCUCCUUCAUCAUGGGAAGGGAAAAAUCUGCGGUAGCUCAGAUCACAGGUGUCAUGCCAUGUAUGUACUGUACAAGUAUUCAGGGUCUGGCUGUAGACGGCAAUCAAGGAGUUUAGCAAGCAAGGCAUCAAUCAUUUUUGCCGCCGGGCAGCAACGAGAGGUGAAUAUGUUUGUUCCCUUGCAUAACGUUUGAGGCGAU